ACCAUGAGAGUGAUAUUUUGAAUCCCGGCGCUAAGCGCGAGCUAGAGUACCGCGGUAUGCGUGAUUUUUGAAUACUUGUGGAAUCGCCAGAUGAAUAUAACUAGGGCCUAAGUCUGGUAAUGUAUUAAUUAUUAGACACGAAUAGACAUGGACUUGGAAGAAAGGAUUGAAAGAUUGGAACAGGAAUUGAAGGAGAGUGAAGCAAAUGGUCGUACAGCAGCUUCUAUUGGUAAACAUCUUCUUGAAACCAACAAGGAACUAGAACAAAGAAAUGAGGAUCUCAUCACAGAACACACUAAACAGAUUGAGGAACUGGAGCAGGAGAAGUACUCUCUGCAGAUGCAGCUGGUCAACAAGGAGAGUAUGGAGCGCCACCAUGCAUCAGAAAUUGAGAAUCUCCAGGAAAGAUUGAAGCAGGAGAGCAGGAGUCUCAAGGAGCGUUUAGAGCUGGAGCAUUCCUGUGAAGUACAGAAGGUCAAGAAAACUUGUGAGGGUCUCACAUCUGAUCUGGAGCUAGCAAGGAUCCAAAAUGACCAACUCAAAGAACAGGUGACCAACUUGGAAAGUGAAUUAGAGGAAGCCAGGAAUAGAGCUAAUAUUACCAUCAUGGAUAUGACCACGACAUCAGAAGAAAAAUUAUCUACCUUACAAGAAGAAGUUAUUAACUUAACCACUGAAAAGGUGCAGUUGACAAGUCAAGUUAAAGAGUAUGGUCAUCAGUUAGAUCAGCUACGCUUCACAAACCAUAAACUGAAAGUAAGAAAUGAGGAAGUUGAAGGAAGAGCAGAGGAAGAACACCAACAAUGUAUUUCAUACUCAAGAUCUCUUCAGGAAACUCACAAGCAACUAGAGGAAUUACAGGCUGAGCUAGACCUGAUCAAGCUUCAAUCGACAGAUCCUAACAAAAAAGGAAAUUCCCUCUUUGCCGAGGUUGAAGACAGACGUCAGGCUAUUGAGAAGAAGAUGAUAAGUCUUCAGUUACAUCACGAUGCACUCCAGAAACAACUCAACCACAAGAAACAACAGGUCCAUGGUUUGAAGUACCAAAUUGCUGGACUGCUUCAGAUGGACAGAGGUAGAGUGGCUGCUGAACAGGUGGAGCGAUUAGAACAGAUGCUUAGUCAGAGCAGAGGAGAGGUACAAACCCUCACCCAUAAACUACAAACUCUACAGAAUCAACAGAUUCCUGAAUUUUCAACAAAUGAAGUUGAAGGGACUGGAGUGAACAUGAAUCUAGAUGGUUUGAAGAGGUUCUAUCAAAGUAAAUUGGAAUUAGCCAAAAAAGAGAAAGAGCAGUUGGAGAGAGAACUUCAAACAGAGCGGACAAAGCGAAUGUCUUUGGAGUGUCAAUUGAUUGAAUGCCAGAGGACACUGUAUGGAACAGAGAGAGAGGUCCAACGAAUCAAGGCAGCCAAUGUUAAGAUCACUCUUAAGAUGGAUGAUCUCAAAUCCAAGCUGGCUGAGAAUGGUAUUGUUGUAGACAAGGAGGUAAAAGGUGGUUACACUGAAAAGAUUCCAAUCCCUGAGAAAUUCAAAAUUAAAUCCAAAGAGUCAACUGAAGAGAAAACUACUACUGAGCUGCCAGGUCGUACCUCUGAGCCAUCAUUGGAAAAAAGCCCACAAUCAACAAAGGCUCCAUUAGUAGAAGAUAGAGAGCCACUUACAGAGCAAAAACCUAACAUAUCCUCGGCAAACGUUUGUCCGAGGAAGGAUGGCGGAUCCAAAAAGAAGUCUGUAUCCAUCAUGGAGGAUGUUACUGUUGUGGAUGAUGAAGGUAGCCAGACCAAACGUAGUGUGACAGAAGACGAGGAGAUGGUGGAAUUAAAGAAGAAACAGAAAAGGGAAGUGGGGAUGAAGGACAAUGGUGAGGGUUCAUUGAGGGGGAAAAGAGGUGGUAGGGUGGUGAAUAAUGUACCUGUUGUACAUGUCACAGGUGAAAAGAAUGAGUGUAAGCAACAGUGAUGUUGAUUAUUAUUACUACAGAUUCUCUGUAGGUUUGAUCUAUUGUGCUUCAGAGACAGUGAAAAAUAAUAGUCUAGUUUCAAGUAUACGCCAGUCAUUUAACUUGACUGAAAUCACCAAAUAUAUGAACUCCUUUCCGAUACAAAAUUUGACUAAAAUGAGAAACAUUGUCAUGUCAGAUUGCCAAAAAGUACUGAAGCCUGAUUUGAUAUGAUCCUUGUUCAUUUGCCACACUAUAUUUUAUAGCUGUAUGGAACUUAUAGAGAUAAUAAAGAUGAGACAUCAUAUCAAAAUCAGACAGGAUUUGGUGUUGCAACUACGAGAUUUGGUUGAUGAUUGGAUCAAUGGUAACUAUUGAAUUAAGUGAUGGUUAUAUAUAAAGUACAGGAUUUUCUGUGUUUCUACACUAUUUCACAAUUUAUACGUUGGUUGCUAUUUCUUUGCUAAAUGCUUGCAUUACCAAAGUGACACAAUCUUCUGAAUCUUUCCACUCUUAUUCUGUAAUUUUACUUGGGGCCAUUGCCCCUUGCAGUAUAUGAUCAUGACUGUACACAAUAAUUUUCAUCAUAGACCAAUCUAUUUGAUAAUACCGUAAGGCAACUAACCGUCUGCUCCUCAAUAGGAAUUAUGUGGUCAAAAAACGUGAUUGCAUUUCCCACUAAGUCUUUUUCCUCACUUUACCCCAGAGAUGGUCUCUUAAUGCAUCGCAGCAAGUUGUCUGCUCACACGAACGGAAUGCUCUUUAUGCAUUUGUCUUAUUUUCAAGAAAUUGACAGUAUUUUUCAUGCCCCAAUGCCAGAGAUAAGAGAUACAAGGAAAGAAAGGACAUAAAGAGAAGAAAGGAAAAACCGAAGAAGAGAGGGGAAAGGGAAUUAAGAUCAUUUAAAGUACUAAUGAAUUAAUGAAUAGGGGGAAAUUAAUCAAAAUAAUGACAAAUUGGAACAGGAAAGGGUGGCAGGAAGGUGAAAGACAGAAGGAAGGAAAGUGAGGUUAUGGAAUAAGUUGAUAAAUUAUACUUCAAAUUUAAUCAAUUCACAAGGCAUGUUUCUAUUCCUUUUCUUAAUUUUCUCUUUGAGAAUGUCCUGAUGAAAAAGGAAAUAGUUCUUAUAGUAGAAAAAAUCCUCUGUCUGAGUGAUUUCAGCACUCAAUAUCCAAGAAAUGGCAAAUGAUUAUGAUUAAGGUAGAGGAAUUUUCCACGGGCUCUGCUGGUACAUAUAAAAAUGUCAAGAAUACAUAUACAUACAAGCAAGAGAGCAAAGCAACAGCAUUAACUUUGAAAGCAUUUUGUGUGUUGUUAGUAAAGGCCUGGUCACACCGCCUGAACGUUGUUGGAGCGGAGAGAAAAAAUCAUCACCGCUUGCUACCGUUCAUCG